AUGUGUGCUCAAUACUGCAUCUCCUUUGCUGAUGUUGAAAAAGCUAAUACCAACAUUCAAGAUUUUAUCCAUCUCACACCGAUUGUAACAAGCUCCAUUUUGAACCAAGUAACAGGUCGCAAUCUUUUCUUCAAAUGUGAACUCUUCCAGAAAACUGGUUCUUUUAAGAUUCGUGGUGCCCUUAAUGCAAUCAGAGGCUUGAUUCCUGCUACUUCAGAAGGAAACAAGCCCAAAGCUGUUGUUACUCACAGCAGUGGAAACCAUGGCCAGGCUCUCACCUAUGCUGCUAAACUAGAAGGUAUUCCUGCUUAUAUUGUGGUGCCCAAGACAGCUCCCAACUGUAAAAAACUGGCAAUACAGGCCUAUGGAGCCUCAAUAAUAUACAGUGAACAGAGUGAUGAGUCCAGAGAAAAUGUUAUAAAAAGAAUUAUAGAAGAAACAGAAGGCAUCAUGAUACAUCCCAACCAGGAUCCAGCAGUGAUAGCUGGGCAGGGGACAGUUGCCCUGGAGGUACUGAACCAGGUUCCCAUGGUGGAUGCAGUGGUGGUCCCUGUAGGAGGAGGAGGAAUGGCCGCUGGAAUAGCAAUUACGGUGAAGGCUCUGAGACCUACUGUGAAGGUAUAUGCUGCUGAACCCUUGAAUGCAGAUGACUGCUACCAAUCUAAAGUGAAAGGGGAACUGACCCCCAAUCCUUAUCCUCCAGAAACCAUAGCAGAUGGUGUCAAGUCCAGCAUUGGGUUAAACACCUGGCCCAUUAUAAGAGAUCUUGUGGAUGAUGUCUUCACUGUCACAGAAGAUGAAAUUAAGUAUGCAACCCAGCUGGUGUGGGAGAGGAUGAAACUACUCAUUGAGCCUACAGCUGGUGUUGGAGUGGCUGCUGUGCUCUCUCAGCAUUUUCAAACUGUUUCCCCAGAAGUAAAGAACAUUUGCAUUGUGCUCAGUGGUGGAAAUGUAGAUUUAUCCUCUCUAACUUGGGUGAAGCAGGCCGAUAGGCCAGCUCCUUAUUAAUCAGUUUCUAUUUAA